AUGUCUAGUUGUAUGGAUAAGGAGAAUGAGCGUGUUUCGGACAUGACUGUUGCCGAACUAAAGGAGUAUUUGAAAAUGCGUAGCGUUACUGUAAACGGCUAUUUAAAACCUGCUCAAGCAGUGGAGAAAAUGAUGUUGCCGAUUCACCCAAAUCAUGAAUAUGGAAAUUCGGAUCUCAAGAACGCAAGAGAACAUUUAUUAUUCAUGAUAUG